CUGCACAUGUUUAAUAUAACAGAGAAUACACUGCGGCUGCAAAGAAGGUAUUAGCAAAUUAAUAUUUUUACUGUAUAGGUCAAUUAAGUUGAUACAAUUUGACAGAAGAUUAUAGAAAUAAUCGAAUCGGCCGGGAACUUCAAACUCCAAGAAACUGUGAGGAAGCGACGAUUAAAAAGAGGGGUUUGGAAAACGAAGUUCGUGCGUGUAGGAUGUGUUUCUGAGCUCUUGUGAACGAUACUGCCUUAUUUGUAAUCGGAAUUUUAUAUUCUUAUUAUCGCAUGAUCAAGAUCUGAAAGGUACAUCUUUGCCAGAAUUCAGAAGAAAAAAAAAUAUUGAAAUCUCACAAGACUAGUAAGAGUUGGAUUGAAUGUUUCUUUAAUGUUUAAACUCCUGUGGAUAUGAUGUGAUAGUUGGCUAUAUGGUGACUAUAUUCUAUUUUCUGGAACUUAUUUGUUAGUUGGCAGUUGUCAAGAGCAGAAAACUUUACAAAAAUGGUAAUCGUAAAUGAUUUUUUGUCGAAAUUUUUGAUUUUCAUAUUUACUGCAUCUAUAGUUACUGCACUUAAAUACCUGGCUCCUGAAAUUGGUGAAGAAAGCAGGACUUUCGCUCGCUAUCAAAAAUGGGAUGCUAGUACAACCGGCGCAUUGACGUUAGAAUUCAAGACUUCUGAACCAUCAGGGCUUCUAGUGUAUCUAGAUGAUGGCGGUUAUCAAGACUAUCUUGCUUUACAGUUAGAUAAAGGGUGUGUCGUGCUAAGUUACAAACUUGCGAUGUUUGAAGUCGACUUGAAAUUAGGCGAAAAUCUUAACAACAGCAGUUGGCAUACGGUGACAGUUUUCCGCAAUUUUUCAAGUUUUACAUUUGUUGUUGAUAACCUUAAGGAAAAACGGGUAGCCUCUGGAAAUGAUAAUAUUCUUAGCACAAAAACAGACUUAUUUGUUGGUGGCUUGCCUCCAACAUUUAUGAAAGAAGAUUUAACGGCUGAGGGAAUAUUUGACAAAAGGCGUUUUGUGGGGAAAAUUCGCAACAUCUUCUAUCAGAAUGAUACAACAAAUCGAUGGGUGACGCCAAAAAAGUUGGAUUCUUAUGGAGUGGAGGAAUCGGGUUCUGACCGAUGCAGUACUUACAACCCAUGUGUUAAUGGUGGACGCUGCAUUAGUUUUGACCGUGAAAGUGUCUGCAACUGCUCACAAACCAGAUAUCUAGGAGAAAGGUGUAAUGAAGAUGUCAGCACAAUAAUGAUGUCAUCGGAAGUUGAAACAUCACCAAGUAAGUAUGAAAUUUGA